AUGAGGUUCUUAAAUUAUAUAUUCAUCAUCCAACUGAGCUGUCUCUGCAUAGGUAUGUAAUCUUUUUAUUCACUUCAUACUGUAAAGAUAUUCAGAGUUUGUCUUUUUUGUUCUAACAGGAUCUUUUCUGUGUGAAAACGAGUCUGUGGUUCGACACUCGGAGGUUUUUAAAAGCUUUUACUGUGUUUACUGCUCGUUUUAAAAUCUGUUAACUCUUAAAGUGAAACUCUUUAUUCUUUUAAAACAUUUCAUCAAUGUCUCCCAAAUUCUGUUGUUAGAGAAUAAAUCCCCACUGUGUUUUAAAAGGAUACAGACGCUGUGUAGAAAAACUCUUGGCCAAAGUUUUGUAAAGUUGGACGGAUUUUGGUGCGAGCACUUUUUAAAGACACAGAAGUUUGAUAACAUUUAUGUACAGGAUCUUUUCCUUUGUGUGCGAGUGUCUUUUUUCAACUGAUUGAUAUUUAUCAGUAGGACAACUGUUCUAUAAUAACAAAAGGCCUUCUUUACAAAGGAAACACCUCAGGGUGAAUAAAAAUGUUACCUUUAGGGGAAAGAAGGAAAGCUGGUUUUUCAUGCUGUCAUAUAUUAAGUAUUGUACUCAUAAUUUCCUUUUACUGUUGUUUUCAGCUUGUAUGCCAGCCUGUGAAUGCCUUACGCUUUCAUUAUGACAUGAGGAACUGUGUAAUUUCCCUUUUUUAAAUCCUAUUCUUAUAAGAAACAACGUUUGAAUCCUUGGAUGGUUUGGUCCGGGGGCUUCAGUGUCGGGGUGUCAGAGGGUGAACACGUGUUUUUUAGAUGAUGUUAAAAUAGUGUCACUCCUGGUGUUAGAACAUCUGGGAUGACUUAAAUAAGAUCAAAUAUGAAGUGUUUUUAAUAUCCUGUCAGACACUGUAUAAUGUUGUUGUUUGACCUCUGAACACGUUUCAGCCACACUGUGCUGCAUCUGUGCACCAAAACACACACUUUAUAAACCUCAGUCCAGUGGUAACCUCGAUGGCCCUCAGGUGGCUUUUGUGAUGUGGUGAUCUGGAGAUUAAAACCUCGAUGUUGAAGCUUUGAUAACAGAGGAGGUACUGAGUCUCCUCCUCUCUUUAUUUCAGCCUCACAGAACUCCUCUCAAACCGAGCCGGUCCACGUCCAGGAAGGAGCGGAGGAGGAGGAGGAGGAAUCCAGCAGUGAGUUCAACAUUAAAACACACAAACUACAGCGACAAAACUCUUCCAGAAUGUCUAAAGAAAGUGUUUGUCAUUAAAAGGAGAGGAAAAGUGCUGCUCUUACUGUCACAGGAUGUGGGCUGACCUGCUUGUGAAACAUCUCGAUGAAUCUUGCAGGUGCAAAAAUCAAACAUGGUGACGCUGAAAAGCAGUCUCCCACACAGAAUCCGGUUUGCAUUGCGAGUAAACUGUGCAAGUAACCUUUGCAGCGUUUGGUUUCUGCGCGGCUUCGCUCUCUUCUGCAUCCUCUGUUGCACAAUUUGUCCUCAAAACACCUCGACCACGUUAGAAUCGACUCAGAGCAGCUGAUUUGUUUUGGGUCAGAGCUGCUAAUAUUAAACUCUACUUUAAUUCACAUUGGUGAAACGAUUGAGAAGUAGGUUCAGAGGUUUGGUUAGAGUCGUGGUUCAGCUGUGAACAGGCAGAGGAGACACAAACAGGAAAUGCAAGUAAAGGUAGAGAACUGAAUACUGACUUCUAACACGUAACAGACAGAGUUGGAUCCAAAACACAAAAUAAAAUUAAUAAUAUAAUAAUAAUUUUAUUUAUAUAGCACCUUUAAAAACAGACGUUUACAAAGUGCUUAGACAGAGCAUCAGCACAUGAAAAUAAAAACACAUAAACACAAAAGCUCAGUUAAAAACAGGCCUCUGAAUUGUAGGCCUGUUUCACUUUUCGUAAGAAAACCAGGCAAUACAAGAACCCUACAAAAUAAAUGGGACCAUGAGGACCAAAAUAAAAACAUAAAAUGAAAUAGAAAAGGAGGGCAGGGAACAGGCUAGUAAGUAUAAAAGAGGAUAUUAAUAAUAAUAAUAAAAUCAUAAUAAAAUAAUAAUGAUGAUAAUAUAAAUGAUAAAGUGGAAUUAAAUAAAUAAAUAAUAUAUAUAUAUAUAUAUAUAUAUAUAUAUAUAUAUAUAUAUAUAUAUAUAUAUAAUAAAAUAAAGGAAAAUUUAAAAAAAACAUUAAAAUCAAUGAAGGACCUGAGAGAUAAAAUAAGAAAAGAUUAUAAGUAAAACAAAGGCUAAAAAGGCAGUGAGUCUAAAUAAGAAAGAGGUAAAAGAAAAAGGAGAAAAUGAAGUGAGUGUGAAUAAAAAGCUGAUCUUGAGGAGGUACCAGUCCACCAGCAGCUCACAGAGUAAAAGAGGUUUGAUAACCAGGAACUAAAUCCUGGUCUGCAGAGCUUUAGUCACACAAACCCACCAUGGAAGGAGGUCAGAAGAUAAAAACACGGAGGAGGACUUUGGUGAAUUCAUCGUUUCUCGUGCAGCAACAAUAUUUUAAAUUUAUGACAUUUUUACUGAGCAGAAAAACUGUCAGUGUCGAGCAUUUAUAUUGAACAUGUUUUGGUAAUAAGGAGGAGGAGGUUGUGAACUGAUCAAUGAUUGAUCAGUCCGUUUGAUAAACUGAAGCACAGAUUACUUCCUGUGUGUCCUCAGGUGACCUUCUCGUCCACAAGCUCUCUGGUAGAUGCAGCUUCACGCUCACCAUGCCUGAAAACAGCAGCAGCAGCAGCGAUGUGGUGGCUGUAGCUGCAGACUCUGUGGAAACGCUGGCCGAACAGAUCUGUCAGGAUCUUCAGUGUGGGAGCGUCCAUCAUGUGACCACAGCCAGUCCACCUCCUGGGACCACCUGCUUCCACCGCUGUUUGUACCAAGAUGGCCGACUGAAGAACUGUUCUCAGAGUGUGGCGGGAAACUGCUCCGUGGUUUCUGAAGCUGUUUGUGGUAAUUAUUCAGGUUUUUACUUAUUGGUUAGUACGGCCGACCAGAUGGAAUUUUAGGCCUGAUGCCGAUUAUUGGGGGGGGGGGUCCGAUUACCGAUUAAUCGGCCGAUUUUUACAUUUUUUUAUGAAGUUAUUAAAAUAUAUAAAUACUGUAGGCUACUGCUCUUCACGCCAACAGGAAGACCGACUGAUCAAACUUGGACCAGAAAAGUGUUUUCAACCACUAGCAAGGCUAAUAGCAGGUGGCUAAGGCUAACUUUAGCUUCAUAUCCCAUGGUCCUUCACUGUUAACUCGGCGUAACUGAGACCAGCCCAGUGGGGAACAUGGUGAAGUGGGUUGAACUGAAACUUGUUGACUUAUUGUGUUUUUCACAAACUGUUUUAUUUCCCGUUGAGGUGAAUCUUAUUCUCCGCAUUUUAUUUCUGGAAAUAUCGGCCAUAAUCGGCGAGUUUUGGCCGAUUACAGAUUAGUCUCAAACGGGCUAAAAUUGGCCGAUUUAAUCGUCUCGCCGAUCAAUCGGUCGGGCUUUAUUAGUUAGUUUUUUAACGUCAGCUGUCAUGGUGAUCAUGAUAAAAUGAAAUAAAUACAAAUAAAAUGGUCCGUUUCUGAAACUCUCAGGACACCAGGCCGUCCAGCUCUCUGGAGGGUCGGACCGCUGUGCCGGGCGGGUGGAGUUAUGGAGAAACGGGGGGUGGGGGACAGUCUGCGAUGACCGCUGGGACCUCCGGGACGCUCAUGUGGUGUGUGCCCAGCUGGGCUGCGGAUACGCCAUCAGUGUGACGGGACAGGGCGGCGCCUUCCCCCCGGGUAGAGGACCCGUCCACCUGGAUGAACUGAACUGUACGGGCUCAGAGGAACACCUGUGGGCCUGUCCGUCUUCACAGGACGAGUCCGACUGUGGACACAAAGAAGACGCAGGGGUGGUGUGCUCAGGUGAACACAGUUAUUGAUAAAUCUUGGGUUGAUUGAUUGCAGAUGAAUUACCGAUCGGUGGGGAAGAGAGUGUGGUUCUGGUUCUGGUUCUGGUUCUGGUUCUUCUGCAGCACUUUCACAGUUUGGAUCGUUGUCCUCUGUGCAGAGAUGAGAGCCAUCAGACUGACUGGAGGUCUGGACCGCUGCUCGGGGAAAGUCGAGGUCCACCGUAACGGCAGCUGGGGAACAGUGUGCGAUAACUGCUGGAACGAACGCCUCGCCUCCAUGGUGUGCUCCAUGCUGCAGUGCGGGGCUAAAACCCAGAUGGUGUCCCGGUUUGACCCUCCUCUAGCCCACAACAACGGGACGCUGUGGUAUUACUUCUGUCGCCCAGGUGUGCAGAAUCUGUGGCAGUGCCGGGAGAUCAUCAACAGCACACACUUGUGUACGAGCUCUAAAGCCUCGGGUGUGAUCUGUAACGGUGAGUGACAUGAUGAGCGUGUUUGUUAAAGUGAGUUCAACCAGGAAACCAGCUGACUCAGCGUACGGCGAGUCUGACAGUGUCGUCUGAAAACAUGAAAUUCUUCCAUCGAAGGACGAAAAAUUCUGUGAAACACGAAUGAGCUUCAGUUAAAUAUGAGUUUUUAAAGGGUUUUUGUACCUGAAAGUAAAAGUAAUUAUCUUAUACAGAGAGACAGUUAUUACAUGACAACACCAUCAGGCUGUUUUCUUUAUAUAUAUAUAUAUUUAAAUUUUAAUAUUGAACUCUGUUGCUCUUGUUAUUUUAAUGCUGCUGUUCUUACUUUGUAAAGUGACCUUGAGGGUUUAGACAGAAGCUUGUAAAUUAAAUGUAUACGAAAUAUUAUUGUUAAUGUUGUUGUUGAUGAUGAUGAUAGUAGUAAUAAUAAUAAUAAUAAUGAUAAUAAUAAUAAUAAUAAUAAUAAUAAUAAUAAUAGUGAUAAUCAAUAACAAUGAUAAUGAUAAUGAUAAUAAUAAUAAUAAUAAUAAUAAUAAUAAUAGUAAUACAGUUGUUGAUGGUGUUGAUUUGUUAUCAUUUAUAAAAAAUGUAAUUAGAAAUUUUGUUAUAACUCGAUUAGGACUUACAAAUAUUGACACACUUAUUCACAGUUAAUUGGCAUUAACUGUGAGAACAUCUUCUCUGUGGACGGAUGAGGAUUUUUACUCUCUGAUGGGAUUUUUUUCACCCUAAAUAAAUGUCAAAAUUAAGACUUUAUUUUCUGGGUCACUUAAAAAAGUUUUUUCUUUCAUAACUUUAAAUAUUUCUUAUUUAAAACUCUCUGUUUUAACCUCAUAUAAACACUGUAAGUGAUUUUGUUUAGGUUCCCAUCUUAGUUGUGAGUUUGACCAACUUCUUUAUUUAUUUAUUUGUUUGUACAUUUGGACCCAAGAGCUGAUAGCAGGGUUCUUACACAAGUUUGGAAUAAAUUUGAUCAAUUUCCAGGUCUUAAAAAGUAAAUUAAUGAAAAUUGAAAUAUGGAAAAAUAAUAAAGUUUCCAGGCAGUAAAAAAAAUCUGUUUUCUAAAAUAGAAAAGUAGAUAUGUCCAAAAACAAAUCUAAAAACUCGGGUAUGUAAAUUCCAACUGUGUAGGAGGAAUCCUCUAAUCUGUGUUUUUUCUCUUUGAAAAAUGGAUGAAAAAAAAAAUCACUACUGGAAACAAACUGUUCGUCUCAGACGAUGACGGAGAUGUUACGCUGCUAAAAAUGUCUCUAGUUUAGUAACUUCUUCACACUUAUAAUAAGAGUUAAAGUGGGAGUUUGUCUGUUUUCUUGGAGUCAUAUUUCUGUAUUUCAGUCAUGAGCAGCACACCUGUAUCUGUCUGAUCAUUCAUGAACACACCUGUAAUGACGGCUAAAAGCUCUUGGAUAUUUUUGUCCUCACAGGUUCACUCGGGUUUCCCGCCGUGACCACAGCUACCCCACUUUACACAUCUGUCAUCCCUGCGACCACUGGUAAAAGUUUCAGUUUUCUACGUUAAUUUGAGAAAUAUCAGAAAACAGUUUUUAUAUUUAUAAUCUUUUUUUUUUCUCUCUAUCCAUCUCCUAAGAUUCGACCUCCGGUUGUCCUUCCAGAAGCUUCUCAAAGUCCUCAGUUUUCCUCUUCAUCAUCGCUGGUUCUCUCCUGCUGUUUGUGGUUCUGAUCACAAACACGCUGCUCUGCUGCAGUUACAGGAGAAGAUACGGUCGGUUUUCCUCUCGGAUAAAACGGCCUCAGAUGAACAUUUGUCCUCUUUAUCUUUUAUCUCUUUUACCUCCGUCUUAUUUCGACUUUACUGUCUUUAGUUUUUGUUUUACUUGUAAACUUAUUUACCAAACCAUUGAAGUUUGUAAAUGUACCACAACAGUCUUUAUAUUUCUGUCUGCAGCGUUCCUGCUCAAACAGACGCACACUAACCAACGACAUUCCUCCGACCACCGUCGCAACAGCUACCAAGACACCGUCAACCUGGUCAAAGUCACCGCCAACGCUCCUCAGACGGACGGUAAGGCCGGCCGUAAAAGGAUUUAACCCUUUGCUUUCUUUACAUCCUGCAUAAACAUGCAGGUGUUUAUAUAGAGUGGUGAGAAAGUGCAUCUUCUCAAGGCGUCUUCAUGUCUGUUUGUCUCCUGAAGUCCCCUCCAACCCCGGGUAUCUUUGGACACAGCUUAGUAGUGCUGACAGCACCUCAGUAGAUACAGACUUUGAGCAGUAUGAGCCGUCUGUCCCUUUGUCAACCUUUCACAGUGAGCUCACUUCCUUUAUUUCUUCUCCUCUUGGUUUAAUCCGGUGUGUUUCUCAGUCUCCGCUGCAUCAGAUGUUUGUUUCACUCUGUUGCUGCAUUUGCGGUUUAAAGUCUGAUUGCUGGCAGAUCGUUGCAGUUUGCAGGAGUGUGAUUAAAACUUGCUUCUUGUGCAUCUUGCAGAUUCUCAGCGCUACAGAACAGACACCAACCCUUUGGCGAAACCUUCGGGUCUUGAAAGUCUCUUUGAGGAAGGUGAGUCACUCAGUCUGAAGAUUUCAUUUUCUAACCAAUAAGAAUGAAAAACACGUUUUUUUAACGGCUCAUUUGUCUUUGAGGAUAUUAGAUUUAAAACGAGGAUUUCUUUUGGUGUUUUAGGUCCUGAAUCAGGGAAUGAAAUGAUGGGCGUCUUUACCGGCUCUCAUGAAGGUCCCACAGGUGCUGAGUACGCACGAGUGUCCAAAAUAUCAGUGGACUCUUUCGACUCCAGCACGUCCUCCGAGGACCUUUACGAAAACACGAACAACGGCUACGUCCAGGUCACACCCGGUCAGUCUGCUUCACCGGACUCUUGGACCAGGAUCUGGUCGUCGAGUUACAGUGAAAUAAAAACUCAGUCAGAUGGUGUUCGGACAAUCUGAAUUCAACUUUUGUCAAGGAUGAAACUUAAAAAUUCAGAGUGUUGAUCCAGAAGUGUGUUUUGGACGAAAACAGGAAACAGUCCAAACGUCGGUGAACUCUCAUCAACGUCACGUCCAAAGUUUUUCAGAUUCGUCCUCUCUGUCUGAACAUCCUCGUGAUUUUUACUCCCUUCUUCACAUUUUCUCAUGUUUGCACCAAAAGCCCCCAUGACUCAAAUCCAGAAAACCUGAAACCGACUCUGACAGGAAGUACGAGGUCUGAAAACGAGUUUUUGACCUUUUCUGAAUCUUAUUACAGAGGAGGGACCGACCCAGCCGCCAGACUUCAGCGCCCCCGUCUGUAACGGCGAUCAGGCUCACAACCAUCAAACGAGACGCCAGCGAAGUUUAGGUGAGUCUCUGCUGACGGAGACUGUCUCUAGAACAGACGCCGUCUGCCUCCUCUCUGUGAGAACAGCGCCCUCUGGUGACAGGCUGCAGUAUAGGUCAUAUGCCCCGCCUCCUUAUGGAGCUGUGGACAAACUUUAUAAAUGAAUGACACAGAAUAUAAAUGGUUGUGAUGUUGACAUGUAGUUACUGUCAGACUCUUUUUUCUGUACAGCUCCAUUUUUAAAUCAGGAGGUUCAUGUUUUCUCCUUUUUCUCCUCCAAACAUCGAUAUCCUGUCGUCCAUAAUACAUACAGUCUAUGUGGAAACACUGGAUGGACAUCAGCUGAUCUUUGUUAUUGUCUGACCCUCAGGUGACGAAGAAGCCGAGCCCAUUUACUCCCCAGUGAGCCCCGAUGAAAACCCGGCGUCUGAGGACGACUACGACGACGUCGACUGUCUAGAAUAG